AGGAGUAACAAGAAUCUGCCCAGGAAGACCUCAGCGCUGAGUCCUGCCUGCUCCACCGCCACCGCCGCAGCCGCUGCUACCGCCUCCACCUCCGCGAUGCUUGUCCGAGCUGUGCUGCUCUGCGCCUUUCUGGCGCUCAGCCAUGCUGCAAAUCCUUGCUGUUCCAACCCAUGUCAAAACCGCGGUAUAUGUAUGAGCGUAGGAUUUGACCAGUACAACUGUGAUUGCACCAGGACAGGAUUCUACGGUGAAAACUGUACUAUCCCUGAGUUUCUAACAAGAAUCAAAUUGCUGCUGAAACCCACCCCAAACACAGUACACUACAUCCUGACCCACUUCAAGGGAGUCUGGAACAUUGUAAACAACAUUCCCUUCCUGCGAAGUUCAAUCAUGAGAUACGUGUUGACAUCCAGAUCACAUUUGAUUGACAGUCCACCAACUUACAAUGUGCAUUAUGGUUACAAAAGCUGGGAAGCCUUCUCCAACCUCUCCUACUACACCAGGGCUCUUCCUCCAGUAGCUGAUGACUGCCCAACUCCCAUGGGUGUGAAGGGAAACAAGGAGCUUCCUGAUUCAAAAGAAGUUCUGGAAAAAGUUCUUCUAAGGAGAAAGUUCAUCCCUGAUCCCCAAGGCACAAACAUGAUGUUUGCAUUCUUUGCCCAGCACUUCACUCACCAGUUUUUCAAGACAGACCAGAAGCGGGGACCUGGGUUCACCCGAGGACUGGGCCAUGGAGUGGACUUAAAUCAUAUUUACGGUGAAACUCUAGACAGACAACAUAAACUGCGCCUUUUCAAGGAUGGAAAAUUGAAAUAUCAGGUCAUUGAUGGAGAGAUGUACCCUCCCACGGUCAAAGACACUCAGGUGGAGAUGAUCUACCCCCCUCACAUCCCUGAGCACCUACGGUUUGCUGUGGGGCAGGAAGUCUUUGGCCUGGUACCUGGUCUGAUGAUGUAUGCUACAAUCUGGCUGCGGGAACACAACCGAGUGUGUGAUGUGCUCAAACAGGAGCAUCCUGAGUGGGAUGAUGAGCGGUUAUUCCAGACCAGCAGGCUCAUUCUGAUAGGAGAGACUAUCAAGAUCGUGAUCGAAGACUAUGUGCAGCACCUGAGCGGUUACCACUUCAAACUCCAGUUUGACCCAGAGCUGCUUUUCAACCAGCAGUUCCAGUAUCAGAACCGCAUCGCCGCUGAAUUCAACACACUCUACCACUGGCACCCCCUGCUGCCCGACUCCUUCCACAUCGAGGACCAGGAAUACAACUUCAAACAGUUCCUCUACAACAACUCCAUCCUCAUUGAACAUGGACUCACCCAGUUCGUGGAGUCAUUCACCAGACAGAUCGCUGGCCGGGUUGCUGGGGGCCGGAAUGUUCCCAUUGCAGUACAAGCCGUGGCAAAGGCCUCCAUUGACCAGAGCAGACAGAUGAGAUACCAGCCUCUCAAUGAAUACCGCAAACGUUUCUCCCUGAAGCCUUACACAUCAUUUGAGGAACUUACAGGAGAGAAGGAAAUGGCUGCAGAGUUGAAAGCCCUCUACAGCGACAUCGAUGCCAUGGAGCUGUAUCCUGCUCUGCUGGUAGAAAAGCCUCGUCCAGACGCUAUCUUUGGGGAGACCAUGGUAGAACUUGGAGCACCAUUCUCUUUGAAAGGACUUAUGGGUAAUCCCAUCUGUUCUCCUCAAUACUGGAAGCCCAGCACUUUUGGAGGAGAAGUGGGUUUUAAGAUCAUCAACACUGCCUCAUUUCAGUCUCUCAUCUGCAAUAACGUGAAGGGCUGCCCGUUCACGUCAUUCAAUGUGCAGGAUCCACCGCCUACCAAAACAGCCACCAUCAAUGCCAGUGCCUCCCACUCCAGUCUAGAUGACAUCAACCCUACAGUGCUAAUCAAAAGGCGUUCAACUGAGCUGUAGAAGUCUAUUAUUGACCAUAUUUAUUUAUUUAUAUGAACAAUUUAAUUUUAUUUAAUUAUUUAAUAUUUAUACUGAAUGCCUUUCUCACUUUACAUCAUCUAUAAGAGAAGGCAGCGUUCUGGAACAAUGUUACAUUUGUGAAGAUUCCUGUGUGUUUGUCCUUUGGUAUGUGUUGCCCUCAAGUGAAAGAAAAAACAGCUUUCAUUCUUCUACAUAAACCAUUGGGAAGGAAAAUGAAUUUUGAUAUCUUUUUACUUGAAUUUCAGCUCAUGGUAUAUCUUAAGAACAAAGGGGAGUUGUUUGAAUACUUAAAUGCUGUUACAAGAUGAAAAAUGUUGCCAGUUGACUAUGACUGCGUCUUCCUUGCUACAUUAGGAGCAGAUAAUAACAAAUUUUAAAGAAAUUUUGCAUACCUUUAUCUCAUCAAGCAAAAGGGUAAAAGCUCGUU